UGGUGCCAGGUGAUCGAUAGGUAGUUAAAUCGGCACACCUUCCCACGCUGGUCCGAGGCGAUGAUCACAGUUGAUGUCAUUGAAGAUGGUCAAAAACACCUUGCUGGCAAGAGCUCGAUGCUCGACCAGAUCUCGGAUUUUUCAUGCUUUGUACUGUCAGAAGAUUAUAUGCUAUCUCAAGUAAAUCAACAAAGAUGACCAUUGACUCUGCUGUUGCUCAAUUGCUAUCUCUGGAUCCCAAAGAGACGACAGUUUCUGGCUCCGGAGGAUCCAGCUUCUCUUCCACGUCUAAGAUCACGACCAAACUCGGCGAUGGCACCGAGAAGCAAUUCUUCAUGAAGACGGGCUCUGGAAAAGAAGCCUCGGUCAUGUUUGAAGGCGAGCACGCAUCGCUUAGUGCAAUUCACAAUGCCGUUCCUACGCUUUGCCCACAGUCCUAUGGCCAUGGCACACUUGCCGAUUCGCCUUCAAAGCAUUUCCUAGUCACCGACUUUCUAGAUCUCUCGGGUCGUCGAGGCUCGAGCACUUCUUCCUCGGCGCCCUCGCUGGCUGCUAAGCUAGCGAAACUGCAUAGCACCCCGGCGCCUCCACCACCUGGAGAGUCUAGCCCAAAGUUUGGCUUCCCAGCCACUACAUGUUGCGGCGAAACCCCUCAAGAUAACAGCUUCAAGAGCAGCUGGGCUGAGUUCUAUGCUGAGAACCGACUCAUGUUCAUUUUGAAGCGCAGCGAGAAGACCAAUGGGCCUGAUGAGGACUUGCGUUCUAUGAUUGAGAAGACAUGCAAGAAGGUUGUGCCACGUCUAAUCGGUGAUGACCAUCUCAACGGUGGUAAGGGUGUUACCCCUGUCAUAGUGCACGGCGAUCUGUGGUCAGGCAACGCGAGCGCGGGAAAGCUGCCUGGUAUGGAAGCUCCUGAAGACAUUGUCUUCGACUCCAGUGCUUGCUAUGCUCACAGCGAGUUCGAGCUCGGGAUCAUGAAGAUGUUUGGAGGAUUUGGCGGAAGCUUCUUGGAAGAGUACCAUGAGCUGCUGCCAAAGACUGAGCCUGCCGAGGAGUACACAGACAGAGUCGCUCUCUACGAACUAUAUCACCAUCUGAACCACCACGCCAUGUUCGGUGGAGGUUACAAAAGUGGUGCUAUGAGCAUCAUGAGGAAUCUGAUAUCGAGAUACGGCGAUUAAAACUGGGUUGUGACGAUAGGGGUGCCGGAUAACAAGCUGCCUUGUGAAGAAAAUGGUAUGCAAUGAUUAGAUGAUGAUUUUGUAGCCGUACAGUUGAUGUACUUUUUAUUUACAAUCCCUCAACGGCUCGUGAGGUGAUGACACCCGUUCUCUAGACUCCAGGCAAAUGCUCCCAGCGCAAGUUGAUAUCUGAUACCGCCCAGCCCAGAUCAGGACACCCAAACGCCAAACCCUAGGUAUGAUGGAAAAGGAAGAAAACACCACAUCUAUGCGUUCAGGGGCUUGAAAUCGCCAGCAUCCUCAGCCAUGGCAAGCUGGUUCUUCUUGGCGCGCUUC